AUGUAUCAUCUGGCCAAGGGUCUCUACCUGCUGGCGACCAGCAAGGAAGAAUACUCGGUGAUCCUCCUCGGUCUCGACAAUGCCGGCAAGACCACCUUCCACGAGCAGGUCAAGGCGCUCUUCCUGCCCGACGCCCCCGAGCCCAAGCUCAACACGGUCCCCACCGUGGGCCAGAACGUGUCGACCAUCUCCCUGCCGGACAUGUACGUGAAGCUGUGGGACGUGGGCGGCCAGCUGUCGCUGCGCAAGCUGUGGCAGAGCUACUACGCCUCGUGCCACGCCAUCAUCUUCAUCAUCGACAGCACCGACAUCGGCGACGGCCGCCUCGACCACGACCAGACGGGCCGCCUGGACGAGUGCCGCCUCGUGCUCGAGGACGUCCUGCAAAACAGCGAGACCGAGGGCGUGCCGCUGCUCAUACUGGCCAACAAGCAGGACAGGGAGGACUGCGUCGAGGUCGUGCGCAUCAAGGAGGGCCUGGUCAAGAAGGUGUUUGAGGGUGAGAAGGCGAGCAGCAUCCGCGACUCGAGGGUGCUCCCCGUGUCUGCGCUGACGGGCACCGGCGUGAGGGAGGCGAUAGAAUGGGUGCGGUCACGGGUGAAGUGGAACAAGGAGUCUAGGCCGCCCGUCAUGCGGUGA